ACCCCAUCUUUAAUUUGGGCUCUGUUUGUCUAAAAAGAAUUAAAAAUGGCCGAGAAUGUGGUGGAGUCGGGCCCGCCUUCAGCCAAGAGGCCUAAACUCUCCUCACCGGCGCUCUCUGUCUCUGCAAGCGAUGGCACAGAUUUUGGAUCCCUGUUUGAUCUGGAACAUGACUUACCAGAUGAACUGAUCAGCUCCACAGAAUUGGGACUUACCAAUGGUGGUGAUAUUAAUCAGCUGCAGACUAGUCUUGGUAUGGCACAAGAUGCUGCUUCAAAACACAAACAGUUGUCUGAACUGUUACGUGCUGGUAGCUCACCAAACCUUAAUAUGGGAGUUGGUGGGCCAGGUCAGGGCAUGGCCAGCCAACCCCAGCAGAACAAUCCUGGAAUGGGAAUCUUAAACAGUAUGGUCAAAAGCCCCAUGGCACAGGCAGCAUUGACAUCUCCAAAUUUGGGGAUGGGUGCAAGUGGACCAAAUCAAGGUCCGUCUACUCAACCCACUGCAGGAAUGAUGCCAGCAGUGAACAAUCCAGUAAAUCCGCCUGGAAUGGGAAUGAAUGCAGGAAUAAAUGCUGGCAUGAAUCCUGGUAUGUUGGCUUCUGGAAAUGGACAAGGCAUGAUGCAGGGGCAAGUUUUAAAUGGUUCGAUUGGAGCAGGAAGAGGACGUUCCAACAUGUCAUACUCAAACCCAGGAAUGGGUAAUGCUGGUAACUUGUUGGCUGAGACAUUGCAGCAAGGUUCUCCGCAGAUAGGAGGACAGACAGGCUUGAGGGGUCCACAGCCUGGAGCAAUGGGCAAGAUGGGAAUGAUGAACAACCCCGGUCCUUAUGUCCCACCAUACAGCCAGAAUCCUGGACAACCAAUUGGAGCCAGUGGACUUGGUCCCCAGAUGCAAAAUAAGCCUAUAUUACCUAACAGUUUACCCCAGUUUCCAAUGGACAAGAAGCCAGUGCCUGGUCCAGUAAUGCCUAAUAUGGGUCAACAGCAGACACCUCCAGUUCAGCAGGCUGGGAUGGUGUCAACUGCCCCCCAGGGCAUGGGAUCAGGAGCACCAACUGCAGACCCAGAAAAGCGCAAACUCAUUCAGCAGCAACUCGUUCUCCUCUUACAUGCUCACAAAUGUCAGCGGCGGGAACAAGCAAAUGGUGAGGUGCGACAGUGCAACCUCCCUCAUUGUCGAACCAUGAAGAAUGUCCUCAACCACAUGACACAUUGUCAAGCUGGAAAAUCUUGCCAGGUGGCUCACUGUGCAUCUUCACGACAAAUCAUAUCGCACUGGAAGAAUUGUACACGGCAUGACUGUCCUGUGUGUCUCCCUCUCAAGAAUGCUGGGGACAAAAGAAAUCAACAAUCAUUACUAGGUGGUGGUGCAGUAGGACUUGGAAAUUCUGGCUCUGUAGGGGUGGGUCAGCAGACAACCCCCAACAUAAAUGCUACUAACCAGAUUGACCCCAGUUCAAUUGAGAGGGCUUAUGCUGCCCUUGGACUGACGUAUCAAGGGAAUCAGAUGCAGACGCAGACACAAGCUCAAGUGAAGAGCCAGCAGCAAGGACAGUCACCACAGGGACUUCGCCCCAUGAAUCCUACAAAUGCUAAUCCUAUGGGAGUGAAUGGAGGUGUUGGUGUUCAAGCCCAGAGUCUCCUACCUGAAUCAAUGUUGCAUCCAGCUAUGAAUUCUCAAAAUACCAUGAUGAAUGAAAAUGCCAAUGUUGCCAGUUUGGGGGCCAUGCCAACAGCAACACAUCCUUCUGGCAUUGGAAUUCGGAAACCAUGGCAUGAAGAUAUUACUCAGGACCUCAGAAAUCACCUUGUUCAUAAACUAGUACAAGCCAUAUUUCCAACUCCUGACCCUGCAGCACUAAAAGAUAGGCGCAUGGCAAAUCUUGUUUCCUAUGCUCGGAAAGUAGAAGGGGACAUGUAUGAAUCAGCAAAUAGCAGGGCAGAGUACUACCACUUAUUAGCAGAGAAAAUUUAUAAGAUCCAGAAGGAACUGGAGGAAAAGAGGAGGACCAGGCUACAAAGGCAGAAUAUGAUACCAAAUGCCCCAGGCAUGCCACCAGCUCCUAUCAGUCAAGGGCCCAUGGGGCAGCCACAACCCGGGAUGACAGCAAAUGGUCCUCUUCCCGACCCAACUAUGAUUCGUGCCAAUGUGCCAAACCAGAUGGUGAAUCGAAUGCAGACACCACCAGGAAUGAAUCAGUUUGGCCAGAUGACCAUGCAAAUGCAGUCAGUUGGACCCCGGCAAACUCCUCCCCUUCAGCACCCUGGACAGCUAAGCCAGACGGGGACCAUGAGCCAGAUGGGAUUUUCCCCACGUAUGCAACAAGGGGUGUCACAGCCUUCCAAUCAAAGUCAGUUCCUUCAGCAGACCCAAUAUCCUACAUUGUCUCCUGGAAUGAAUCCAACAAGCACGCCUAUGACUCAACCUGGCAAUCAGACUCCCACGUCUCAAGCACAAAUGACCAGCUCUUCCUGUCCUGUGACUUCUCCAGUAGUGGCGCCAGGUUCUCAAGGGAGUCAUAUUCAUUGCCCUCCUAUUCCACAGUCUACUUUACAUCGAAACUCUCCUUCUCCAGUACCAAGUCGUACUCCCACACCUCACCAUACACCCCCAGGACUGGUAUCGCAGCAGCAGCAGCAGCAGCAGCAGCAGCAGCAGCAGCAACAACAACAACAACCAGCACCACCACAGGCAACAAUUGCAUCUGCUCCUGCCACUGUUCCUCAAGCGAUGCCACCUGGACCACCGUCACAAACUAUGCACCCCCCACAGAGGCAGACCCCAACACCUCCCCAGGCUCAGUUGACUCCACAAGUGCAGCCUCCAGUUUCUGUUACCCCUUCUGCAGAGCAGCAGCUGCCACAGCAACCUCUUUCGCAGCAGAGCACGACUGCAUCUGUGCCCACCCCUACAGCAGCACUGCAGCCUCAGCAUCCUACAACACCCCUUUCACAUCCAGGUGCAAACAUUGAUGGGCAAGUAUCAAACCCACCAUCCACCAAUAGUGCGGAUGUGAACUCUCAACAGGGUGCUCCUGAACAGCAGCAGCAGCAGCCUUUGCCUGAAAUUAAAAUGGAGAUUAAAAUGGAAGAGGAAGAGUCAGAACAAACAGAUCUUCAAAUGGAGGAGAAGCCAGAGGUUAAGGUAGAAUCCAUGUCUGAGGAAUGCAAAUCUGAAUCAACAGAGCAGGAAGAGAAAAAACCAGAAGUGAAGCAAGAAGUGAAGGAAGAGGAGGAAAGACCUAGUACUCCAGGUACUCAGUCUUCACCAGCGUCAGGACAGUCAAAGAGGAAAAUUUUCAAGCCAGAAGAGUUGAGGCAGGCACUUAUGCCAACUUUGGAGGCACUUUACCGUCAGGACCCAGAGUCCCUUCCCUUCCGACAGCCUGUGGAUCCCCAACUACUAGGAAUUCCUGAUUACUUUGAUAUAGUAAAGAACCCCAUGGAUCUUUCUACAAUCAAGAGGAAGCUUGACACAGGACAGUACCAGGAGCCCUGGCAGUAUGUCGAUGAUAUUUGGCUCAUGUUCAACAAUGCCUGGCUUUACAACCGCAAAACAUCUAGAGUAUAUAAGUACUGUUCCAAGCUGGCAGAGGUGUUUGAGCAGGAAAUUGAUCCAGUUAUGCAGAGCCUUGGCUAUUGUUGUGGACGAAAGUUGGAGUUUUCACCACAGACUUUAUGUUGCUAUGGCAAACAGUUAUGCACAAUCCCACGAGAUGCUACAUAUUACAGUUACCAAAACAGUUCACCCAAAUAUGGCCUUCUUGCCGACAGGUAUCAUUUCUGUGAGAAGUGCUUCAAUGAAAUCCAAGGAGAGAGCGUUUCUUUGGGGGACGACCCAUCACAGCCUCAAACCACAAUAAAUAAAGACCAGUUUUCUAAAAGGAAAAAUGAUACACUGGACCCUGAACAGUUUGUUGAAUGUAUAGAAUGUGGAAGAAAAAUGCAUCAGAUUUGUGUGCUUCAUAAUGAGAUAAUCUGGCCAUCUGGCUUUGUUUGUGAUGGUUGCCUAAAGAAAACUGGGCGAACCCGGAGAGAAAAUAAAUUUUGUGCUCGAAGGUUACCAGCCACAAGACUUGGUACAUUCUUAGAGAACAGAGUGAAUGAGUUCCUGAGAAGACAGAAUCACCCUGAGUCAGGCGAAGUCAUAGUUAGGGUGGUUCAUACUUCAGAGAAAACUGUAGAGGUAAAGCCAGGGAUGAAAGCAAGGUUUGUAGAUAGUGGAGAGAUGGCAGAACAGUUCCCUUAUCGAACAAAAGCCCUCUUUGCUUUUGAGGAGAUUGAUGGUGUAGAUUUGUGCUUUUUUGGUAUGCAUGUUCAGGAGUAUGGUUCAGAUUGCCCUCAACCCAAUCAGAGGAGAGUAUACAUAUCUUACCUUGACAGUGUUCACUUCUUCCGUCCCAAAUGCCUGAGGACUGCUGUAUAUCAUGAAAUCCUAAUAGGAUACCUAGAAUACGUUAAAAAGUUGGGGUAUACAACGGGACAUAUAUGGGCCUGCCCACCUAGUGAAGGUGAUGAUUAUAUUUUCCAUUGCCAUCCUCCUGACCAAAAGAUACCCAAACCCAAACGACUGCAAGAGUGGUACAAAAAGAUGCUGGAUAAAUCUGUGUCAGAGCGCAUAGUGCAUGAUUACAAGGAUAUUUUUAAGCAGGCAACAGAAGACCGUCUGACAAGUGCAAAAGAGCUGCCUUACUUUGAAGGGGACUUCUGGCCUAAUGUUUUAGAAGAGAGCAUUAAGGAGCUAGAGCAAGAGGAAGAGGAGCGAAAGAGAGAAGAGAACACUAGCAAUGAGAGCACUGAUGUCAGCAAAGGAGAUAGCAAAAACGCCAAAAAGAAAAAUAAUAAGAAGACCAGUAAAAAUAAGAGCAGCUUGAGUCGUGGUAAUAAAAAGAAACCUGGAAUGCCUAAUGUCUCCAAUGACCUUUCCCAGAAACUGUAUGCCACUAUGGAAAAGCAUAAGGAGGUAUUCUUUGUGAUCCGUCUCAUUGCUGGUCCUCAAGCCAAUUCCCUGCCUCCCAUCAUUGAACCUGAUCCACUCAUUCCGUGCGACUUAAUGGAUGGGCGUGAUGCCUUCCUCACCCUUGCUAGAGACAAACACCUUGAGUUUUCCUCACUACGAAGGGCAAUGUGGUCAACCAUGUGCAUGCUGGUAGAGCUACAUACUCAGAGCCAGGAUCGUUUUGUUUAUACCUGCAAUGAAUGCAAACACCAUGUGGAAACAAGGUGGCACUGCACAGUCUGUGAGGAUUAUGACCUAUGUAUCACCUGCUAUAACUCUAAAAACCAUGAGCACAAGAUGGAGAAACUGGGCCUUGGUAUUGACGAUGAAAGCAACAACCAACAGACAGCCACUACUCAGAGUCCUGGUGAUUCACGUCGCCUGAGCAUCCAGCGCUGCAUCCAGUCUUUGGUCCAUGCCUGCCAGUGCCGCAAUGCCAACUGCUCAUUGCCGUCUUGUCAGAAGAUGAAGAGGGUCGUCCAGCACACCAAAGGUUGCAAGCGCAAAACCAAUGGAGGGUGCCCAAUUUGCAAGCAGCUCAUUGCUCUUUGCUGCUACCAUGCUAAGCACUGCCAGGAGAACAAGUGCCCAGUGCCCUUUUGCCUCAACAUCAAACACAAGCUUCGUCAGCAGCAGCUUCAGCACCGCCUGCAGCAGGCCCAGAUGCUCCGGAGGAGGGUGGCAAGCAUGCAGAGGACCGGCAUAGUAGGUCAGCAGCAAGGCUUGCCCUCGCCAACACCAGCCACACCAACAACUCCGACAGGCCAGCAGCCACCAACUCCUCAGACCCCACAGCCACAGCCUCCACCCCAGCAUGCCUCGCAGCCACAACCUGUACCUCCCAAUAACAUGCCUCCAUAUAGCAUGUCAAGAACUCAGCCUCCUGGUGCUGUCUCCCAAGGCAAGGCAGGUGGCCAGUUAACUCCUCCGACAACUCCUCAGGCUACUCAGCCACCUAUGCCGGGGCCCCCUGCAGCUGCCGUGGAAAUAGCCAUGCAGAUCCAGCGAGUAGCUGACCACCAGCGGCAGAUGGCUCAUCCAAUUUUCCAGAGGCCAAUUCAACACCAGAUGCCCCAGAUGAAUCAAAUACAGCCUAUGAGUGUAACACCACCUCAGAUGGCCAGAGGUCCUGGGGGCCAUAUAGAUCAAGGGAUGGGACCAGCAGGAAUUCAGCAGCAGCCCGCAUGGGCCCAGGGAGGUUUGCCUCAACCUCAGCAGCUGCAGUCAGGAAUGCAGAGACCAUCAAUGAUGUCAAUGGCCCAGGCUGGGCAGCAGAUGAGUAUGUCACCACAGCAGCCAGGAAUGGGUCAGGUACCUGGCGCUGCUCCAUCAAAGCAAAGCUCUGUGCCCCAGGCAGCCUUACAAAACCUGCUGCGGACUCUCAGGUCCCCCAGCUCUCCCAUGCAGCAGCAGCAGGUGCUUAACAUCCUGCACUCCAACCCUCAGCUGUUAGCUGCUUUCAUCAAGCAGAGGGCUGCCAAGUAUGUUGGGAACCAGAAUCCACAGGGCAUGCCGGGACAGCCAGGAAUGCCUCAAGGGCAACCAGGGAUGCAGCAGCAGGCCAUGCCAGGACAGCAAGGUGUGCAUCCCAAUCCAGCCAUGCAAAAUAUGAAUCCGAUGCAAGCAGGUGUCCAGAGGCCCAGCAUGCCCCAGCAGUCGCCACCCCAGCAGCCACCACCCCAGCAGGCCAUGGGUGGGAUGAAUCCUCAGGCACAACAAAUGAAUAUGAAUCCUGCAGCAACCAUGUCUCCCCAGUUUCGGGAAAUCCUAAUGAGACGGCAGCUGAUGGAACAGCAGCGUCAAGCAGCAGGACCAGGGUUGGGGCCUGGCAUGGCCAACCAUAAUCAGUUCCAACAGCCCCAGGGAGUUGGGUACCCUCAGCAGCAGCAGCAGCAGCAGCAACAGCAGCAGCAGCAGCAGCAGCGGAUGCAGCAUCACAUGCAGCAAAUGCAACAAGGGAAUAUGGGACAAAUGAGCCAGCUUCCACAACAGAUGAGUGCAGAGACGGGAUCCAGUUUGCAGCAAGUUUUCCAGCAGAGACUACUUCAGCAGCAGAUGGGAUCACCAGCUCAGCCCAAUCCUAUGAGUCCCCAACAGCACAUGCUCCCUAGCCAGGCCCAGUCCCCACACUUACAAGGCCAGCAGAUUCCAUCAUCGCUCACCAAUCAAGUGCGUUCUCCACAGCCUGUCCCUUCACCACGUCCCCAGUCCCAGCCACCCCACUCCAGUCCGUCCCCUAGGAUGCAGCCACAACCUUCUCCACAUCACGUCUCCCCGCAGACCAGCUCCCCUCAUCCAGGACUGGUAGCUGCCCAGGCUAACCCCAUGGAUCAAGGGCACUUUGCCAGCCCGGACCAGAAUGCAAUGCUUUCUCAGCUUGCUAGCAAUCCAGGCAUGGCAGGCCUCCAUGGUGCAAGUGCCACAGAACUGGGACUUGGCUCAGAUAAUUCAGACUUGAAUUCAAACCUUUCACAGAGUACACUAGACAUACACUAAGACACACUGUAGCAUUUUGGGAGCAAAAAAAACUUAUUUUCUCAAGACUUUUUGUACUGAAGACAAUUUUUUUUGAAUCUUUCUUAGCAGAACAUUUUUCCCUGGAAUACAUCUGAACUCUGCAGCAGUAGUUUGUGGUUUUAAAAAAUGAGAAACCAACAAAAUGAACCUGAGGGACAAUAGAAUACAAAGAAAAUAUAUUUUUGUUAUGGCUGGGGUCAUAACCAGUCCUUUUACUUGUUUUUGUUUUCCCUUCGCGUGUGUUGGGGAGGUGCUUGGGAUGGGAUAGUUAUUUGGCUGCUGACCAAAUGGCUUCCUUCUCUAGCCUCCAAUAGGUUUUUUUUUUUUUUAAAUUAAUGAAAAUAUGUAAUAUUGAUAGUUAUAAUUUACUGAGGCAGAUGGUUAACUUUUUUCCCCUAUUCUGGUUUUUCUCAUGCCUACUGCAAAAAAGAAAAAAAGAAAAACAGAAAAAACAGAACAUUUCCUAAAACUGGAGGACAAAAAGGGUGAAUGUUGCUUUAAAAUACAGUGCAUAUAUAUAAAUAUAUAAAAAUAUAUAUUAAAGAUAAAUACCAAUUUUUCCUCUUUGGUUGGAAAGAUGUCAAUUCUUUUAAAAACUGUAAAAAUUAUUAAGUAACCCAGUCUCCCUCCUGAAGUCUACUUUUGUCCUCCAAGAAUUUUCUAUACCAGAGUCUGAGCUUAAACUUCAAGUAUUAAAAUUUGUACAUGUAGAGAGAAGACAACUUUUUGCAAAUACACGGGGCAGCUGCCAAAUGGAUGUAGUAUAUAUAUUGUGGUUUUGUUUUCUUGAAAGAAUUUUUUUCGUUAUUUUUACAUCUAACAAAGGAAAAAAUAAAGAGGGUAAGAAACUAUUCCAAGGGUAUAAUUUUAACCUGAGAGUAAAUCCCUGGGGUUUCUUCUUUAUGCUUGCUUUCUCUAUCCCUCCCCUCCCAUUUCCUCCUCUUCCAUUUUCUGUAAAACUUGAAAAUAGAAAGCAAAAAACCCUCAAAUGUUGUAAAUCAUGCAAUUAAAGUUGAUUACUUAUAAAUAUGAACUUUCGAUCACUGUAUAGACUGUUAAUUGAUUUCUUAUUACCUAUUGUUAAAUAAACUGUGUGAGACAGACUG